GAUGUAAAAGGACAUCACCCAAAUGCGCCUAACAAAACCUUGAAAGGCUUUUCCAAAAUCACACAAGCACAACAAAAUGCCGCAUCUUUGAAAAUUCUUCAUCCUGUCACCCAUGAGCAGAGGAAGAAAUUAUUGAAGAGAUACACAGAGGCAUUUAAUGCAGAUUUAGUGCCAUCGAACCCCCAUAAAUGCCUGUCUCAAUCACGGGAUGAAAUGUGAGGUACUGUUGUAGGUUAGAGAUUUAUGUGAUGGGAGUGUGCUAACUUGAUUACGAUUCCUUUUUUUAGUUAAAUUCAUUUUUUUCUUUGUAUAAUUAUUUUUUCUUUUUACAAGAACAUAAACUUUCUUUUUUCUGUUUUGUUGUUUUAUUUAUAAAAAAAUCUAGAAACUAUAAAAAUAAUUAGAUAAAAGAGUUUCGAUC